AUAUUAGAUUAUUAUCACUAAAAAUAGUAUAUAUUAGUUUAAAGUAAUUUAUAAUUUAAGUAUUACGCGUUGUAUCAAUUUGAUACUAUAGUUUAUGUCAUACUGUAUUUCUAAACUGUAAAGUAGGCAACUUAAACAACACAUCGGCUUUAUAUUCAACACGUGCAAACAAGAUGCUUUUGCAAACAAAAUUUUAGCAACUGCAAAUAACACUCAAAAGUAUUUACAAAACCGCCCUAGUAACAAUUCUAAAGUACUCGUGCGAUAUAAUUUAUUACGAUGGCGGAGAAGCAGCCGAAAAGCGAUCUCACCUCAAAACAAACAACCUCAAGACUGACUUCUUUGGGUAAACCAAGAGAUUUGCACCUCUCUGGAAUUGGUUCAUCAAAACCCAGAAAAGUAUUCACGCCUAAUUUACACGCAGUGCGAAACAAAGGCAAAGCUGUACCAAAUGUAGCUUCAGAUGGCUCUAGAAAAAACAACAAAAGACAACCAAAAGACUUCAAAAAACGCGAAUCUGAUUCAUCACGCUUCGUCCAAUCUACAGGUAUCUUUUCAGAAGGUACCAGUGACAAAAGGGAAUCAUCUCAUGCUUCUAGAGGGUCUGAUGCAAGAGAUGGUGGAGGUGAAGCUGCAGCAGGCAUGGAAAAGCCUAAAAUUGACACUGGAGCUGCAUGGAAUAUUGAUUUGGAUGAGGAAGCCAAAAUAAUCACAGAUCUUCUUGAGAUUGAAGGUACAAUUGAUGAAGAAGUUGAUCAUGAUGAUUAUCAACCUAUAGUAUUACCACUGAACAAAAAUAAACAAAACUUCUUCAAAACGUUUGCGCCCCAGCCGCAAAUAGGCACAGAAACAAAAAUCAAAGUGGAAUCAACAGAAGAAAACAUGAAUGUUGAUAAUAUCUCGGAAGAUUUGAGUCAAUGUUCGUUUUACACGCCAAAAUUAUUCAGUGAUUCGAAUGUAACAUACUCAAUAGUGAAAUUACCGGACGCAAUGCCCGGACGAGGCUUCGACGAUGAUGGUAAAGUUAUCGAUUACACGCUGGAUCAAAUGUUGGAAGGGAAAAUCGGUAAAAUUGUCAAACGUCGCUCUGGAAAGAUGCAAAUCAUCAUUGGUGACAUGACAUAUGAUUUUGAUUCAGCAGAAGCAGCACCAUUCCAAGAAGAGUUAAUGGUGAUGCCAGAACCAGAUACGCCUGAACACAGUGCCUCCAUGAUAAACCUAGGUGCAAUUAAGGAAAGAUUCAUGAUUUCACCGUCUUGGCAGAAUCUACUCUCGGAGAAACCGGAUACGUAAAAGGUUAGAGCUUGUUGUUUUCUUUUGAUCUUUGGAUCAAUAUAUUGACUGUUACUUAUAAAUGAUAUUUUCUAAUAAAUUUGUUCAAAUUUCA